AUGCCACCUUUAAGGAAUGAAUGGAUGAACUUUGUGAGGAGGAUUGAGGAAUUACUUAUUGGUGUAAGGAAGCACACUGUGUAUUGCACAGGCAUAUUGAUAGUGUCAGCAUGCCCAGAAGAGACCCCUACUCCUAGAUGGCCUGACGUGUUCCACAAGCACCCUCUGAUACACAGUAGAAUUCAUGGUGGAUUCUAUGAUGGUGAGCUGGCCAGGUCCUGCUGCAGCAAAGCAUCCCAAACCAUGCCACUUCCACCUCCAUGCUUCAAGAGGGAAGAUAAAAUAUAUGAGGAUUCUCCUGUAACCCACAGACUCAUUUUAGCCUUUCUUCAUGUGUCCCCUCUCUCUUUCUGUACAGGAAAUUUAAAGGAAUAUUUUUCACAAUAUGGAGUUGUAAAGAGAUGCCUUUUGGCAUUUGACAAAACUGGUUUCCACCGUGGCUAUUGUUGGGUUGGAUUUGCUUCUGAAGAAGGUUUGCAGAACACAUUACAGAAGGAUGCACAUCAGCUGGAAGGAUCCAAACUCCAGGUUCUGCAGAACAAAAGACUAUUAGGAAAUACAAACAGACAUGGGCUAGGAGAGAGCUGAACAAGAAAUUUUAUUGUAUGGUGGAUUAAAACUUCAAUAAACACCAUAAAAACACUUUCCUCUUUGCAUGAUUCUAGAGUUGUAUAUACAAAAUCAUAACCUUUUUAUUGCAGGCUUGAAGUUGCAACAUUUGUUCUUAUGUUGUUAAAGCUUUAACAGACAGCUCAUGUGGAUUGUAUAUGGCCUGAAUUAGUUUACCUUCUUUACACUAGGCAACUUACCAAGAUUGCAGAUUCUGCAUUGAAUUCACCUGCUUUUGCUCCAUGAAAGUAUUGGUGUGCUUAGGGUACAUAUUAGCCAGUUAUUUGAAUGCACUGCAUGAUUGAGCCCUGAAAACCAAAAAGGGAUUUUGCUUCUAUGCUGAGAAUAACACUCUGACUCAAAGAUGUAAAGGUGAGUAGAUUAUAUACUUAAGUUUCCGAGCACAGUUGUAACAGUAAAUAGUUCUACAAUGGUGAAUUAGAAAUGGCCUUCUUUAGCUGCAGACACCAUUAAGAGAUACCCAAGUCAUCUACAAGAAUAUAAAUAUUUAUUCCUCCACCCUCCCAACCCCACUCUAUUGGGAAACAAGCUGUGUCAAUUAGUUAUUAGGCUGCAUGGCCCCUCUUCUGCAAGUCACACAGGGGACUCUGUCCAAAACUGGUGGGGGUAUUAUAGGAAAGUCUCCAGAUACACUUAAGAUAUUGCAUAUUUAUCAAAUGAAAGAAUAUUCACACUACAUAUUCGCUGCUUCACUUUUUUUUU